GUGACCUGUAACACUUAAAAAAAACACUAAAAAAAACUAAUGACAGCAGUUGGAAAGAACCUGCAUGCUACUCCACGCCAGAAUCUCUGUCAACACAGCAGCUUGCCGGGUGUGGGCCGACCCCGUCCUCUGUCGGGAGGACUGAACAUCACCAAACAAGCAACAAAGAGCACUCUGUCGGCCCAGCAGGAGCGACUCACUCGACUACGUCUUACUGACCAGAAUGGGACAGAACCAGGAUAAAUUGGAAGGGGGAGAACAGGUCUUUGGUGAGGGAUCAGAGGAGCCGAGGCCUGAUUCUGAAGCUGCAGACAGUAAUGCAGGUGAGGUCAUGGAAGGAGAAGGCUCCUGCACGGAGGAGGCUGGAAACACCGGGGGAAAUUUAGGAGAACCAGACACACGGGAUCUGGACAAGAGCCCCGGCCAGGAGCCAACAACACCUUCUAGUGAGCAGCACAUAAAUUUGUGGGUGAGUCCUGUUGCUACACGGGAGGUGAGCCGGGGAGGGGCUGCAGGAAUGGAGAGAGGAGGAGCUGACAGAGGCAGGACCGUUCCUUUGGUACCACAGGAGAAAGACAAGAACCAAAAAAGCAGUGCGGGGAUUGAAGAAAGAGUCAACAAGCUGCUCAGUCAGUUCCAGAGAGAGGAGAGAAAGCCUCAGCAACAGCUUGGACCAUCCUCAAGGACCAGAAUGGCGUAUCAGGGUGAGAGAUCCAGCCCAUAUGUGGAGGAACAAGAUGGAUUUCCACACGAAAAGUAUGACCUUGCUGUUACCUCAGAGGAUGCAAACUCUUUUGACAACACUGAAGAAGAUGAUGCAGAAGAUAUGCGGCUGAAGAGCAGCAGAUAUGGGGCUCACACAAGAAGUGAGGUGCUGUCCGUUCAAGAUCAGAAUGACACCAUGAGGCGGCCUCAAGCUGGAGAGCUGUGCUCAGGAACACUGGGUAGUUUGAGUGAGAGGAAGGACCUGCCUUCAGCUCCUGCCCAACAUCCUUUGAAAAAGAGGGCAGACACUAAAACCAAAGAGGACACAGUGACACGUGAGGUGGAGCAAGGUUUGAAUGACUUCUCCUCCUCAAGAAAGCCAAAGGUCAAUGACACUAAUAAUGAGAGGCAGUCAGUGAGGCCUGGUCUACAAAUGGACACAACAGGCAGGAUAGAUUCAUCAAGUCCAGUCUCAACUGUUGAACCCAGCUCUAUUCUGGAUAGGCUGCUGAAGAGAAACAGAACAAUAGCAGCACCAGCUGUUUCUACAAUCAAAGAGGUUGACUUUGAUGACACGGAUGCUACAGACGUGAUGUCACAUGUUUGUGACAGAGGGGAGGUUUCACCCUCCUCUGCAGAUUCAAAACAGAACCCCAUGAAACCAAACCUGGAUCAUCACGUUAGAGACAAGAGUGAGCUCAUAAAACAGAAAUUGGAUACGUUUCAGAGUUCAGAGGUGAACAUCAACCAAACUAAUGCCUCCACAAACAGGGACCCUUCCAAAAGGAUCAUGGCUGAGGAAGCUGCUCCUGAUGCAAAGUCUCCAUAUGCAGAGCAUAUAUGUCAUAUACCUGCCUCUGAGAAGACAGACACCAGGACUGUAAAACCAUCUUCACAACUACAGACUGACAAUGAGACCAAAACUGAUUCCCCGCCUCAGUUCAUGAGGAGAAAGACGGUGAAGAACUCCACUGAGGAAACCAAUGCUGCAGCAGUAGCAGCGGGGGAUGCAGGUAUCUCAGAGGUCACAAGCAGCAUCAAGCAAGAUCUUCAUGAUCCAGACCAACUUGACAAAAGCCCAGUCAUGAGGAGAUGCCAGAGUGUCUCGGGGAGAGAUAAAUCACCAAACACCCCCAGACCUCGGCCUGUCUCAGAACUCAUCAGGGGGACAAUUGAGCUGCAUGAAAGGCUGCAUCUGGAGGAACGACCAAAGCCAGCAGCUGCUGAGGUCCCGAGUGACGAGCAGGGCCACACGGUGAAGGUGGCACAGAUGAAGGCGACUUUUGACUCUGCUCAGAAAUCCCCAGACAAGGCAAUCCAGAGGAAGCCAUCAGUGAGAAAAGCAAGGCAAGUGAACGCUGAUAGUAAGGCCCUGUGGUUGACAGACAGCGGUGCUAACUGUGUUUGGGCUUGUUACCCAUUCCAGACUUAUCAGCCUCUGCUGGUUGUGCAGCAGUACGAGGUCUUUAACCCGCCUUCCUACGGCUGGGCAGAGAGAGGAAGUGGGUCAGGAAACGGAGGGAAACGAAGCAUGACAUGUGAGAGAGUGUUUGGUUCCUAUCAACUGUGGUAG